CUCUCGACCCACACGAAGAGGCAGGUGCCCGUCGAGUUCGAUCCGUCUGCGGCCCGGAUGAUUCGUGUCUCAUGGUUUCUACCAUUAAUACUUCUGUGCCUUGCUUCUCCUCGCUUCCUCUGCUUCCUCCUCUUGUGCCUCUUCGCUUCUUUGCCUCUUCCCGCUCUCCUGCAGGAGCUCCGGGGCAAACUCUUCCACCAGGCUGUAGGCAUGUGUGUCGUUCAGCUGCCGCACACCAGCCGCGACAAAGAAGAAUACGCAUGGCUGCGCGUCGACAGGGAGGCUGUAUUCGAGCAGGUCGAGGGACGGGUUUUCCCCAUCCCUUCCCUGAGCACCUCUUUGUCUUCAAUCGUCACGAGCACCAGACGGGCUGACUGAAUGAAACACAUGAUCUGUUUGGUGACACACACACCAGGAGAGAGACACACACUUGUACCAUCAAUCAAGGCAGCUGAGCCCGUACUGAGUCCAUGUAAUGACCUGGUGGGCCGUGCUGCCUGGGGGGUAGCUGCGGUCGAUGGUCACUGAUGGGGCCAGAUGGGGCAGCAGCAGAUCGGCUUGGGGGUUUUGCGGGCCGCCAGCAAUCCUCUCUCGCUUCUUCACGCACUCACGAGUCAUCUCUUCGACUUCCGGCCAAGCCUUGAGGAUGUCGAACACUAUGCGCAGCCAGGGCGGCAUCUCCUUCUUCAAGCCGCUCUCCUGCUCUACGGCCUCGACCGUUCUGUUGCGGAGCUGCUCGAGUGUGUCGGCGCCAUCAUUAAUGCCGACUUUCUUGUAGAGAUUUAAUUCGGCGGUUGGAAGAAUGUCCGCGUUCCUGUCAAAAAGAUAGCUGGUCAUCUUCUUGCAGCUUGCCCUGCCGUCUUGCUUCGCCCGAGGGGCAUGCUGGAAGCCAAAGGAUUGAUAGUAGAAGCCUGACAUGCACAUGCCGACGAAUUGAACGGAUCGAUGUGCAUGUCAGAGCCUGUGCAUCAUCUGCGCGUACCUGCUUUUGAGAGCACAUACAUGUCCUUGAUGCUGCUGACGUCAGUAAUUGUCACCUCUUUGCAGCCGUAGGCAGGCGAAAACUGGUCAAUCCAUGAUAGCAUUGCGACCAUCAUGCUGUUGCCAGACAGCUUGUCGGCCUUCUUCAGACUGGACAGAGACACAAUAAUACAUAAAAGGGCUGACAGCUUGUAUUCUCGGUCAUGCACAUACCCCGCCAAGUAGCAGGUGCGCGGCCCCGACCAGCGUUGGAUAUCCAAACGGCAAUGACCACCUGUCACUUCCAGCCCCUCCACCUGAAGGAGACGUCUGAGUGUUGUCGUAUGGUAUUACGUAAGAUGGAUUGAGCGUCGGUCGCUUCGGAAUACAUACCAGCUGCAGUGACACCUUAAGAGUCCCUCUAACACCUCGGAGACGCAAGACUACACCGAGCGUGUCUUUGCCCCUGAGGUUCUCCUGGAUGCGCUUCCUGAACGCCUCAGGGACCUUCACAGAACAACUGCAAUCGAUGCAUUCAUUGCAGCGGCCAAGACCAGCACGGGAUACCGUCUAUCUGUUCUUAUCCACCUGAUGUCGAUUGGCUCCUCAGGGAGGUCCUCGGGCGGUUGUGAGCAGCUCACCAGAUCCCCCACCGCGACACGAGACGAGGAGACUUGUUGACACAGCUGACAGAGGAUCAGGGCCAUGCAGAGCGACCAGGUACAGAGAGCCAUCGGGAUCCGAAUCAUCCGAUCAACGAGAUGGAAGCAAUGGGAUGAGGACUUCACGGCUGCUC